CCUAUGAUGUAUAAAAGGAAACUCUUCAUUGCCGUUGAUCAAUGUGCAUUGCAUACUUCAUUGUAAGGAUGGCACGGAAAUUCGCAAACCUUUUUUGUUUCAUUUUGUUUUGUGCGAUUGUUCAGUAUUCGAACGGCGCUCAAAGUGUCCUAAGAACAAAGGAUCUAGAAGAGAAAAGAUGGCGUAUGGUUUUCCUAGCUAAUUCUGGCAACAAUCAAAAUGUGUAUGACGCUUGGGUUAAAGGUACUGGUACAACCAGUGUCAAACCUGCAUCCCUAGAGCGCACUCAUGGUCCGCACUACCGUGACGACACAUUUCUUUCGGCCUGGACAAAAACAAAUAUUGUGUCCGUCAAAUUUGCCUUUUAUGACCAAUACUGCGAACUGGCUCACGUGAUCUUCGGUGGAAAAGGAACUGAUGCGAUCAACUGGUUUGAACCUGAACAGGUCCUGUCUUCCAGCUACUCCGACCUGACAAGGCACAUAUAAUGUUUUCUCAAUAGCUGGAGAAGUAAGUGUUGACAGACGUUUUUACAUAAACCGUAAUUACGGUGGAUGUGACAACGAUGCAGGACAUUUUGCCGUAACGGAUACGAAUACUAAGACAGUAUGUGCAUGGGAUAUUCAUCCGGUUUACCC